GUCCAACUACCUUUCCCCUUCCUUCUCUCUCUCCCUCUAAAACUCUCUCAACACACUCCCCUUCUCUCUCUCCCCCUGACGGAGUGCGAGUGGGAGCGAGCGGCGGGCAGCAGCAGCCACGGCUCCUGUCGCCGUGCUCCCUCCUUCUCUCUCCUCCCCUACCGCCCCUAAACCACACAAGAAAAGCAGGCGCACCCACACGCGAGGCCUGGCCCGGGCACCACCACCACCACCACCACCUCGCCCCCGCGGGCCAAGAACCCCGCCCCCCGGCUCCAAAUGCCUCCCUCUCUCCCCCCGUCCCGCCGCGGAUUCCUCUUCUUGGCCCUCCUUCUCUCGGCGUGCCUCGCGGCGCCGGGCGCGGGCGGCGCCGGCGGGGAUGGCGCGGCAAUGCAGGCGCUACGGCGGGAGCUCGCGCCGCCGGGCUGGGGCCCCGGCGCGGACCACUGCGCGUGGCGCGGCGUCACCUGCGCCGUGGGCGGCGGCGGCGCGGUCACCGCGAUCGACCUGCCGCGCCGGGGGCUCCGGGGGGACUUCUCCGCCGCCGGCGCGCUCCCCGCGCUCGCGCGGCUCGACCUCUCCGCCAACUCGCUCCGCGGCGGCGUCCCGGCGGCGCUCGGCGCGCUCGCCCGCCUCGAGUUCCUCGACCUCUCCAUGAACGCGCUCACCGGCGCCGUCCCCGCGGCCCUCGCCGGCGCGUCCGGCCUCCGGUUCCUCAACCUCUCCAACAACGCGCUGUCCGGCGCCAUCCCCGACGAGCUCAGGGGCCUGAGGGAGCUCCAGGAGCUGCAGGUUUCGGGGAACAACCUCACCGGCGUGCUCCCCGGGUGGCUCGCCGGGCUCCCCGGCCUCCGCGUGCUGUCCGCCUACGAGAACUCGCUCUCCGGCCCGAUCCCGCCGGGCCUCGGGCUCUCGUCGGAGCUCCAGGUGCUCAACCUCCACUCCAACGCCCUCGAAGGGGGCAUCCCCAGCAGCCUCUUCCAGCUCGGCAACCUGCAGGUCCUCAUCCUUACCCUCAACCGGCUCAACGGCACCAUCCCGGACACCAUCGGCCGCUGCCGCGGCCUCUCCAACGUGCGCAUCGGCGACAACCGCCUCUCUGGCGCCAUCCCGGCGUCGAUUGGGGACGCCACCAGCCUCACGUACUUCGAGGCAAACACCAACGACCUGUCCGGCGGGAUCCCCACGCAGUUCGCGCGCUGCGCCAACCUGACGCUGCUCAAUUUGGCGUACAACCGCCUCGCCGGCGAGGUGCCGGAUGUUCUCGGGGAGCUCAGGAACCUGCAGGAGCUCAUCGUGUCCGGCAACGGCCUCGGCGGCGAGUUCCCAAAAUCAAUCCUGCGGUGCCGGAACCUGAGCAAGCUGGACUUGAGCUACAACUCUUUCCAUGGAGACUUGCCGGAGGACAUCUGCAACGGAUCACGGAUGCAGUUCCUUUUCCUCGAUCACAACGAGUUCUCCGGUGGCAUUCCACGGGGAAUUGGAGGCUGUACUCGUCUGCUCGCGCUGCAGCUCGGCAGCAACAACCUGGGUGGUCAGAUACCAGCUGAGAUAGGCAAGGUGAAGAGUCUGCAGAUUGCCCUGAACCUUAGCUUCAAUCACUUUGUCGGGACGCUGCCACGAGAGCUUGGGCGGCUUGAUAAGCUUGUCACGCUGGACUUGUCGAGCAAUGAGAUAUCAGGCCAGAUCCCAGGUGAUAUGAGAGGGAUGCUGAGCUUGAUUGAGGUCAAUUUGUCAAACAACCGGCUAAGUGGCUCCAUACCGGCUUUCGGACCGUUCCAGAAGAGUGCAGCCUCCAGCUUCUCCGGCAAUGUCAAGCUGUGUGGCGACCCGCUGGAUGUGGACUGCGGAUCAAUUUAUGGUUCCAAUUAUGGAAUGGACCACAGGAAGAUAUCUUACAGAGUGGCUUUGGCAGUUGUUGGCUCCUGUGUGCUCAUCUUCUCGUUGGUGUCAUUGGUGGUCGCAUUGUUCAUGUGGCGUGAGAGGCAGGAAAAAGAGGUAGAGGCAAAGAAGGCUGAGGCAGGGGAGGUGGUAGUGGCAGCGCCGCAGGUUGUGGCCUCAACCGUGUUCAUUGAGAGCUUGCAGCAGGCCAUCGAUUUCCAGAGCUGUGUAAAGGCGACAUACAAAGAUGCGAAUGAAUUGGGCAAUGGAACAUUCAGCACAACCUACAAGGCUGUCAUGCCGUCUGGUAUGGUUGUGUGUGUCAAGAAGCUGAAGUCCAUUGACCGUGCGGUGAUCCACCACCAGACGAAGAUGAUCCGAGAGCUCGAGCGCCUUGCGCACAUUAACCACAAGAACCUGGUGCGUCCCAUUGGUUAUGUCAUCUACGAUGACUGUGCGCUGCUGCUGCACCACCAUAUGCCAAAUGGCACCCUGCUUCAGUUGCUCCACAAUGACUGCAAUACUGAUGGCGAGAAGCAGAAACCUGACUGGCCAAGGCUGCUGUCAAUUGCCGUUGAUGUUGCUGAAGGGCUGGCGUUCCUCCAUCAGGUUGCCACCAUUCACCUCGACAUCUCUUCAGGGAAUGUCUACCUUGACUCACAUUACAAUGCGCUUCUCGGAGAAGUAGAGAUCUCCAAGCUGCUAGACCCUUCAAAGGGCACUGCCAGUAUCAGCGCGGUUGCGGGCUCAUUUGGUUACAUACCUCCAGAGUAUGCCUACACAAUGCAGGUGACGGUGCCAGGCAAUGUGUACAGCUAUGGCGUGGUCCUGCUGGAGAUCCUGACAUCCAAGUUGCCUGUGGAGGAGGAGUUCGGGGAGGGCGUGGACCUCGUCAAGUGGGUGCACACCGCGCCCGCGAGGGGUGAGACGCCAGAGCAGAUCAUGGAUCCCCAGCUGAGCACCGUGUCGUUCGCCUGGCGCAGGCAGAUGCUCGCCGUGCUCAAGGUGGCAAUGUUGUGCACUGAGCGCGCUCCAGCGAAGCGGCCCAGGAUGAAGAAGGUGGUGGAGAUGCUUCAGGAGGCCAAGAACAGCUGAGCAAUCUCUUCAACCCUGAAUGCGGAGUCAGAUUGCUGCUUGGGAGAUGAACCGAGGUACCUAAAAGAUCAAAUUUCUGGUCAUCGGCGCGUCGAGUAUGAAACCCAGUAGCGUUUUAUUGGCUGUAUAUAUUCGGUAAUUAGUACCCCGAUCAUGUGCUAUUUACCUCUGGAUGUUGAAUCUUGAAGCAUCAAAGUACAGUGUUGAAGACUUGCAGCGCUGCUGCCUGCAACUUCAAGUGGAGAAUGUCUCGUACAUAAUCUGGACGGAUCCUCAACUAGGCAAGUCGUUGAUCUAUCUUGAGGAGUUUCUUCUAAGAAAAUCAAAAGAAAAUCAGAAAAAAAUUCCUAUCUUGAGGCUGCCAUCUUGAAGAGGUGGUUGUGCUCGUGGUGCUGUUGUCAUCGCUCGCAGUUCAGGAUGGUCUUCUUCCCUGUUCAUGGCCCAUGAUGACGUCGCAGGGAUGGUCUGCGUCUGCUGAGUUGUCUUUUGUUAAUCCAUCUCUGUUUGGAAGAAUAAUAUCCUCUGCAUAAAAAAUGUCCUUUUUUUUCAUUUUAAGGCUGAUGCAUGGAACAA